AUGACGGGCGCGCAGCUCCCUGUGGAGGACCCAAACAGGGCAGCGGCUCCCGCGGGCGCCCGCGCGCCGAACGGCGCCGGCCACGCGGACACGGACGAAGCCUUCUUCCUCCGGAACCUCCCCUCCGCGGUCCGCAAGCAGCUCAACGCGAAGCACGCCGAGGUGGAGGCCAACCCUGCGCUACGCGCCGCACAGCGCCUCGUCUGGCUCCGCCGGCGCGUCGACCCCACGUGGAUCGCAACAGCCCUCCUAGGCCUCGGCGUCUUCGUCGCCAUCAAGGACGACCUCCUCCUCGCCGACCAGCGCGCGCGCGAGCGCGACACCGCCGCCGCAGCCCUCCAGGAGCAGCGAGCGCGCUUCCGCGCCGCGUGGGGCCGCAUGACCGCCGUCGCGCAGAGCAUCGAGGACGGCGUGCGGGGGCACGAGGCGCUCGAGGAGUCCGAGGCCGUGCAGCGCCUGCGGGCGCUGUACGCGGGCGCGGUGCCGUCAGCGGGGGGGAGUCGCGGAGCACGAAUGGCGAAUGACGACGCCGAGGGCAAGGGGGGGUCGUUCGUCGUGUGA